UUGGAUUAUCAGGGCUGCUGCUGCAGCUUUUGAACACCUCGGCACACAGCCCCCACUUUGCUGAGCAGAGAGGUAUAAAAGGCUCCCUCGGACCAGUUGAGGGGGAUCCUGUAGUAUUUAUUGGAGUCCACACAGGUAAGCUGUGACAGGAUGCCAGGGGACGACUAGUCAAGUUUUCAACGUUAUGUGAGAAAGAUAGUUGAGCCRGCUGAUGGAACAAAAUAUCAACCCACUUGUCAGGAGGAAUUAAAGUUGCCUUCAGUUGGGAAUCUGAGAACUGWAAAGCAUCACGGUGCUGCAGCAAGGCUGAUCUUUACUCAUUUUCUUCUUAUGACUGAUGAGAAACUAGGCUGUUUUUUUUUCUUCAGUAACUCAACGAAAGAAGGGAGUUUGGUGGCAAGAAGUCUUCAUCUUUUUUUUUUACUUCAACAUUUUCUGAGGCCUCAUUAUUUGCUUUUUUUCUUGUUUUGUCUUAAAAACAAAAGGUCACUAUGACAUGGGAGAAACUAAAACCUCCAGAACCAGAUGACCCUAUUUGUUGCUGUGAAUGUGAUUUCUACCCGUACAGAUGUUGUGACUGUGAGGACCUGGACGAAGUCUUUCGCAGCUCUCUGUAGGUGGCUGAAGGAGAAACCAGCUCCCCCUGGUCUUCAGACCCCCAUGUUUGGGGCCAUGAUUGAGAACCUGGAGCUCUCCAUGGUUCCAGUCCUGCUGCUGCUUCCUCUGCUGCUCAGGGUUGCAUCUCUGCACUACCUGCUGGGCAUCGUCUUCCUCACGGCCCUGCCCGGCCUGGUCCUCUGGUACUACUACGCCACCCACAAAAGGAAGAGGCGCACCCUCUUCUUCCUCACUCUUGCACUGUACUCUCUGGCUUACAUGUAUUACCUCUUCAUCACGGAGAUCUUACCCCGCGGGGGUGUCAGCUCGCUGCAGGCGUGCGCCGUGACCACCGGGAUGAUUCUCACUCUGGCUUCUCUCAUUCACACCAAGCGAGGCCCGGGCUUUGUGAGCGCUGCUCUGCAUGAGGCCCACAGCCACAGGAUGAAGACGGCAGAGGGUUCUGCACAUCUGUCAGCAGCCUCUUCAUCAGGGCUGCUGAUGACAGGAACAGAACCGGUGCCACAGAAAUGGAGCAUGUGUCCUGUGUGCAAAGUUAUGCGACCCCCACGAGCCGGACACUGCAAAACCUGUGGAUCAUGUGUGCAGCGUCUGGACCACCACUGUGUCUGGAUAAACAGCUGCGUUGGACGAGCCAACCAUCGCAGCUUUCUGCAGACCCUCUGCGUGUUUAUGCUCACCUCUGUGUACGGGAUCAGUUUGGUGCUGCGCAGCCUCUGCCCUCAGCAGCAUCUGAUGACGGCUCUCUUCUACUGCCCCGGCAUCUACAGCCAGUCCAGCACAGCCCUCUGUUUCACCUGUUGUUGGUACAGUAGCAUCAUCUCAGCAGGACUGCUGUACCUGCUGCUCUCCCAGGUGCUGAACAUCAGCUUCAAUGUGACGGAGCGCGAGGUUCAGCUGGCCCUGAGGAACAAAAGGGGCCAGAGGCACCUGUGGGGGCUUAUCGUGGUCACAGGGGAACAUUCACGUGGCUUCUGUCAGAACUGGGUUGAGUUCCUCACCAUGGCAGACGCAUCGGUGUCUCUUCGCUCCAACCUCCCCAGCUUGGUCUAAUUUCUAAUGUUAGCAGGCUGUUAAUGGAGAACUUCCUCUUGCUUUUGCAGCCUGUUUUUAUUUCCCUUUAAUGAACUSAUUUUAAAUGUUACAGUGAGAAAAUGAACACACUGACUUGUAUGUUUUGGGUAGGGAURCACCGAUAUAAAAAUUUGAGCCGAUACYGAUAUCUGRUAUUAAUAUUGCUGUUUUGGCYGAUAACCGAUAUUUAUUGAURUCGAUAUAYAYGCACAAACKUGCAUUUCCAGGAUGAUCCAAUUUUUCACAGACUAAAAAUCAAGCAAACGUGAUUUAAUGUCUUGCUUUAUUUUUGAAAUUGUAACUUUCAAGUAAGAUUGCACUGCCAACAUAAAACACAAGAAACCAACAGUGUUAUUUAUUUUAUUUUUUUUGCCAUUUCACUUUUCAAACAAGUUGUGUACAACUUAACUCCCUGCACUGACAAGAAUCUUAGAGUUUGGAUCAUAAUUAAAAAAAUAUUAACAAGGCAACUGUGAAAACUGAAAAACUCUAAAUCAAAAAUAUCAAACUAUCCUUAUUAUUAGUGCASAUUUUCCUACUUGAACUGUAAUUUCUAAUAUUCAGGACAGUAUAUUCAAUACUGACACAUAGUUUAAACAAGCAGGCAAUUAAAACAAAUACAAAUUAAGUCUCAUCUAUAAAAUUGUUAAACCAAAAUAUUCAAACUGAGACAUGACUGURACAAAAGACGUGAUAGUCUUUGCAUUUUUUUCAUCUUAAAGUUUGUGAUGAAAAUAAGAGUCCCAAUAACUUAACAGUGUUUCCACACAAAGGCAAACAUAAAAAAGUAAGAAUUUUGAGUCUCAGCUGUAAAAUUGUAAACCAAAAUAUUAGAUGUGGGAUAAAGACAUGGUAGUCUCUGCACUUCAAGGCAGGUUUUCUUUUACAAAGAGAAGCAUUUCUGCUUUAUCACACUGGAUCCUGUUUCUCUUUUCAUCAAUGAAAUGUGAAGCAGCAGCAAAGAGACGUUCACUGCCCACACUUAUGUAGCCGAAAGGUACUUGGGGGUUUGAUGGAUGUGAUUUGGAGGCCAACAUUAUAUAUCAUGUCCUAAUUCUACAUUUUUAUUUUCAGUCCAAAUCUUUCCGCUAUAAUUGAAACUGUUUACAUCAUUGCAGUUAUGUUUUAUUUAUUUUUUGAAUUUUCAUUCUAAUUCUUGUCUGAGAAGUUCACUUGGCUCCACACAGUCUGAACAGUCUUUCCUCUGGCGCCACCACCAGGCCUUAUAUUCCCAGCAUUGUUUUUUUUUUUUCUAUCAGUUCAUUUAUUGCCUCCAAAGUUGAAAAAGUGAUAAUGUUUUUGACAGUGUUUGUCUGCUGUGUCUGCAAAAUAUAUCUCAUGAACCAAUGGACAGGUUUUAUAUUAAAAUCCAACACCCACCGUUUGUUUCCCCACAUUGCACAUCCAGCCAAAUAUGAUGGAGAUAUAAAAUAAACACCUUUGUUCUGUUUUAAUGUUAAAAAGUACCAGAAUUUUUCUUUGUUUUUAAGUUUGUACUUCAGACAAAGCUCUCACUUCUGCGUAUGUGACAUCAAAAAAAGGGCGCAAAUCAGGGUUUGACAGCCAGAGUUAUAUUUAUAUUUAUAUUACACACCAAUCUUAACUUUUAUUUCAGGCCAUGACUAUGCAGGAACAAAAUCCAGACAAUGUGUUGCACCGUUCUGUGGAAAUAUAGCCAAGGAGGGAGAUAGCAUUUAUUAUUUUAUGAAACUCCAAAACAUUAAGAGGAAAUGAGUCUUCUGGUGGAAACUGCAAUCGUUCAUGGUGGCUCAUUUUGAUCAGAUCGUCCUUGCAGAGUUUUGAACUGGUUUAUAUAACCCAACCCGACUAAUUAACUCCAGUUAGAGGCCCGAGGCUGAAGUAAACCCAACAUAUUACUUUAAUUGAACUUUGUUUUUAGAUUAUUUGAGAUUUUAAGCAAAUCAGAUGUCACGUGCUGCAUUUAACACACCUUUCAUUUUUUCCACAACAGGGUAAACUCUCCUCCAUAUAAUAAGUACUGUAUUCAUUCAUGUAUAAUGGGAUCUCGAGCAUAAAGCAAUCCUCAGUGUUUUUAGCUUAAAAAAGCAUCAAAUAUAAUAAAUUCCUCGUGUAGCCUUUAUUUUGCAUUUACUUUACAUUUACUUAUAGUAAAUGUUACCUUUACUCAAUUCAGCUGAGUGGAAACAGUUGACAUAUUUUUAAAUAAAAACCACUACAUCUGUUUUUUGAGUGAUCCUUAAUUUCAUACAGACUUCAGGAUUUUGAAGUUUUGCAGUGUACCCUAUUUUCUUUAUUUUACACCUGUGGGUGUGUUUGUGGCUGCAGAGAGAGCUUCACAUCACAGGAGCCGGCUGUAAAAUGGGCAGCUUCGAAGAGCACCUUGUCUGGUCCUACAAACGUGUAAAUAACGUCCAUGUCUUCUUUUUAUCUCUGCACUGCAGUUAGCAAAAAAAAAAUAUAUAGUUUUACUCUUCUGACUCAAAAACAACAACAACUCUUUUUUUUAUUUGCUGAGCUGCACAGCAUACUGCAGAAGGAAGGGAGAAGUUAUGAUGAUUUAUCCUCCAUCACACAACGUUUCGGUUAUAUACAAAAAAAUAUUGAAAUUUAUUAUGGCAGGCUUAUUAAAAAUGCACCACAUAAGCCUGAGCCCAAUCCGACCCGACCAUCAAGCAUUUCRUUUUGGCCCAAAUUUCGUGACGGGCUAUAAAUCUAAACUCUAUUGCAGAGCAAUAACUUCACUCCAAACAGUUGAAAUUUGUUUUUUAUGGCUUACAGAUAGAUCAUCAUAGAUAUCUUCUAAAUCUCCASUUAAAUCCUCCUCACUGCACUCCUCCAUCAGUAAUACUCUGCUGCCUCUUGUUCCUUCUUCGAUGUYAUCGGCCAUGUGCUCUGGUUUUUACACAUCCGGAUGGUUAUUUUAUUCUAUUUCAUUUGAUUUUUUGACACUUGCUUUGCCCAAAUGUGAAAAAGAAAACAUAUAUUUUACAGUGAUUAUGCAUUAGGGCCACUUAGGACUGUGAUGGUGGGUGUUGGCCUUGAACUGUCAAAAUGACUCAUUUUUAGGAUGCAUUGAGAGUCUGUUCCUCAGAAGCUGAAUGCACGAUGUUCAUGUGUGACACCUUUUUCAGGCUGAAUCACUGUAGGUAUAGAACAUGCUUUUUUUUUUAUUCUUUUUUUUGACCUGUGAUGCUCAAUGCCCCUGUACUGGGGGCGGAUCUUAACUGAUUUUUUCUACUUUUCUACAGUGAGUUUAUGAUUUCUGAGUUGUGUUUUUUAGCCUUAUUGUUGAUAUUUAAAAAAUAUGCUGCAUAAUGCAAUAAUUACAAUUGGGGAUGUUAUUUUGAGCACAACWUUCAAGGAAACCCCUUGGGACUUAAAAGGUUAAGGCUUGUUGACACACAGUUUGGUUUCUGUGCAGUAAAUGCACUGCUACAAAUAUAAAAUUUGAUUUUUCUUAUUAAUUGGUUUUGCUACACCAACAAACUCAGGGACAAUGCACAGUUUUUGUUUUAAUGUAAGCAAAAAAAAAGUGCUUUCAUAACUGCAGUUAUGAAACGUAUUUUUUGGCACAAAAAUGGUUUCUGAUUUUCACGGUGUGAGGAGUUUGCCUGUUCAAACCGGUAAAGGUAGGAAUGCUGGAGAAUUAUGCACUUUGACGGGUAUCUGUCUGCACCUGCUCUGUAUAUUUUCAGCAUAACCAGUCACGUUUUAAUCUGUGUGCACGAAGAAAAAUCCUGCAAAUACAAGAGAAGUCCCACA